AUGAUCAAAGGCUAUGGAAGAAAAUCCAUUUCCCCAAGGUGCGCACUGAAGAUUGACCUUCAUAAGGCUUUCAACUCCAUCCACUGGAGAUUCAUCAUUCAAAUACUCAAAGCUCUCAAUCUCCCUCUUGCUUUCAUUGCUUGGAUCGAAGCAUGUUUCACACAAGUAAGGUUCUCCAUUUCUUUUAAUGGAACCUUAAUCGGCUAUUUUAAAGGAGCUAGAGGCGUAAGACAGGGAGACCCUCUAUCCCUUUAUCUUUUUAUUCUUGCAAUGAAUAUUUUAUCCCGAAUGCUUAAUUUGGCUGCCGAAAGAGAAAUGUUUGGUUUUCAUCCAAAGUACAGGAAAAUUGGUCUUACUCAUCUCUCGUUUGCUGAUGAUUUACUUAUCUUUUGCAAAGGCAAUAUUGACUCAGUUGUAGGUGUUCUUACUAUUCUUGAUCGAUUCUAUGAAGUCUUUAGGCUUAAACUGAAUCCUGCCAAAUGUGAAAUCUUUGCUGCGGGGAUUCCUUCAAGAACCGUUGAGAAUUUAAGAAUUAUCACGGGGUUUCAAAUUCGAAGUCUUCCCAUCCGUUAUCUUGGUAUUCCCCUGGUCACCCGCAAACUUAUUGAAAAAGAUUGCCAAGCGUUAAUCGACAAUAAAUCUGCUGCUGGUGCUCGUGUGAGUUGGGAUAACAUUUGUGUUUCCAAAUCAGAAGGUGGCCUCGGAUUGAAGAACAUUAAAACUUGGAACAAAGCUUGUCUCAUUACUCUAAUCCGGAAAAUUUUAGCGGGAAACGGCUCUUUGUGGGUAGCUUGGCUUAAGGCCUAUGUUUUUAAGGAGCAGGACUUUUGGCAUUAUAAAGCAGUUGCUAAUUUGAGUUGGAGUACCAAUAGAAUCUUAAAGCUAAAGGCUGAAGCUUUUCCAAUCCUUUCUGCCGGUUCUCCACAAGUUAAGGAAAUUUGGGGCUUGAUUCGAAGCAAAGGGCAGAUUGUUACUUGGCAUAAACUGAUUUGGUUCCCAAUGCAUAUUCCGCAAAUCAGUUUGAUUGCUUGGAUGGCUCUUUUCAACAAACUGCCUACAAGAGACAGACUUCUUAAAAUGGGAAUUAGCACCGACAAUGUUUGCGUUAAUUGCAGUAACUCUUACGAGUCAAGGGACCGUAUUUUUUCACAAUGUACAAUGGCAGUGGAACUCUAG